UGCUCCUCCCUCCUCUCUUCUGGAUAUUCUGCAGUUUCUCUCUCUGUCGAUACAUACAUAUAUAUAGAGAGAGAGAGAUAUAUAAUUUUCUACUUUUCCCUGUUAGCAAUCAAGAAGGAAAGUUACGUAAGCACAUUCCCUCACACUAAUCAUCGAAGAAGCAAAAGUGAGUUACAGACAUAUCUCAUCUCAUUCACUCCCACAGCCAUAGCCAUAGCCACAGCCACUCAUUUGCUUGUAUCUCUCUUCUCUUUCUCUAAAUCUAAUCCCAUUUAUUGCUCCUUCUUCCUCUCUCUCUCUCUCUCUCUCUCUCCCCCCCCCCCCCCCCCGCCCCACUAUUUUGCUCUAGGCUUGUUGAGAAGACAAUCGAACAGGAAAAUCCGGCGUAGGAGAUGUUUGGUUUCCUCCCACAGAACCAUAUAUUAUGAGGAGUUUGAGGCAAUGGGACUUGGCAUUUGCUCCUGGAGAUGAAGGAAAGACAGCGCUGGCGACCUGAAGAGGAUGCUUUAUUGCGUGCAUAUGUGAAACAAUAUGGACCGAGGGAGUGGAACCUUGUGUCGCAGCGCAUGAAUACACCCUUCAGUCGGGAUGCCAAAUCCUGCUUGGAGAGGUGGAAGAACUAUCUAAAACCUGGCAUCAAGAAGGGGUCCCUCACUGAAGAGGAGCAGCGUCUUGUCAUCCGUCUUCAGGCCAAAUACGGUAAUAAAUGGAAAAAAAUUGCAGCUGAAGUCCCUGGCCGAACUGCCAAGAGACUAGGAAAGUGGUGGGAAGUUUUCAAAGAGAAGCAACAGAGAGAGCAGAAGGAUAACAGCAAGGCUGUGGACCCAGUUGAGGACAGCAAGUAUGAAAGGAUUCUUGAGACUUUUGCAGAGAAGCUGGUAAAAGAGCGCUCUGCUCCUAAUUAUCUUAUGCCACCUUCUAAUGGUGGUUUCCUUCACACUGAUCCACCUCCUCCGCCACCAACUUUACUUCCUCCAUGGCUUUCCAAUUCUAGUGCCGCCUCCAAUGCUAGGCCACCCUCCCCUUCUGUAACGCUGAGUCUCUCUCCUGCAACCGUUCCACCAUCACCGGCAAUUUCCUGGCUGCAGUCCGAUAGAGGAUUAGAGAAUAACCCCAUCGUCUUGGGUGCAUUGCUGCCUCAUGGGGCGACACCUGGUUGUGGAGAGAACAUAAUAAUUUCUGAGCUUGCAGAAUGCUGCAGAGAAUUGGAAGAAGGGCAUCGUGCUUGGCUAGUGCACAAGAAAGAAGCUGCCUGGAGGUUGAAAAGAGUGGAGCUGCAACUCGAAUCAGAGAAGGCAACCCGGAGGAGCGAGAAAAUCGAGGCGAUCGAGUCCAAGGUGAGAGCUCUCCAGGAAGAGCUGAAGGCUGAAUUGGACAGGAUUGAGGCCGAAUACAGAGAACAGCUAGCCGGACUGAAAAGGGACGCAGAAGCCAAGGAGCAGAAGUUAGCUGAUGAGUGGGCUGGAAAGCACCUCCGGCUUACCAAGUUUAUUGAGAAGAUGGGAUGUGGGCUGAGGUUUGCCGAGCCAAAUGGGCGGUGAGGAGAUUUGGCAUUCACCACAACGUUUGAUGAGUUUGGCUCAUUGCGGUUGGGCUGUCCAUCUCUGUAAGAAGAUGCUAUUUAACUCAUUUUGUCCAGUGUUCUUCCAUCACAAGUCAUAAAACUUAUUACAUUAUAACAGGUAUUUGAUUUGUUGCAUUAUUAUAUAUCAAAACUUAUCUCUUGGACCUUUUCAA